AUGCAAUCUGAAUUAUAUUCAUCCACUUACGGUAAAGCUAACGUCAAAUUUUUAAAGGUCAAGAAAGAUCAAUCCAACCCAACUGUUCAAGAAAUUCUUGAGGCCAAUGUCCAAGUUUUGUUAAGAGGUAAAUUUGAAGAAUCAUACACCAAGGCUGAUAACUCAUCAAUUGUUCCAACUGAUACGGUGAAAAACACUAUUUUGGUAGAAGCUAAGAAUACUGAUGUUUGGCCAAUUGAAAGAUUUGCUGCUCAUUUAGCUAAACAUUUCACUUCCAAAUAUGGUCAUGUUGAAGGCAUUGAAGUUACCAUUGUUCAAUCUAAAUGGUCCAAGAUCCAAUUGAAUGGUAAAGAGCACGCCCAUUCUUUUAGAUAUGAUGGUCCAGAAACCCGUCGUACGUUUUUAAACUACGAUAAACUCACCAAGAAAUUACAAUUAACUUCAUCAAUCAAAGAUUUAACUGUUUUGAAAUCCACUGGGUCAAUGUUUUACGGAUACAAUGUUUGUGAUUACACCACAUUACAACCAACCAAGGAUAGAAUUUUAUCUACUGAUGUUGAUGCUAGUUGGACUUUUGAUCCAACCCAAAUUUCCACCUUGGAUGAUAUUUUGUCUCAACCAAAGUUGUUCGAUACUACUUAUGAUGCUGCUAGAGAUGUCACUUUAGAAUUGUUUUGUUUAGAAAAUUCUCCUUCAGUUCAAGCAACCAUGUAUAAUAUGGCUCAUAAGAUCUUGGAACAAGUCAAACAAGUUGGCAUUGUUACUUACAUUUUACCAAAUAAACAUUAUAUUUUGUUUAACUUAGAAUGGAAAGGUAUUAAAGAUAACAAGGAAUUGUUCUAUCCAUCUUCAGAUCCAAAUGGAUUGAUUAAAUGUACUGUUGGAAGAAAAGGAGAUAAAGCUAAGUUUUAG